GUGCAGAACUCGCUCAGCAGCCAGCACACCGCACCCGGCUGCCCCGGCACCCGGCCCAGGGGGCUGCCCAAGGGCAACAUAUGGACGGUUUGCUGUUUUGUCGGUUUCGUGCCAGACACCCCAAGUCCCUCGGCCCAAGGAGUCCUGCCCCGCUUGGCCCUGCUGAAAACUGCCCGACCAUCCGUCCGCGGCUCAGCAGGACCUUUAAAGUGUACAGAAAUGAAAAGGAAGGUGGUGAGUACUUGCAAGCUGAAGUUGAGUCCCAAUGAGGAAGCUUGCAUUUUAAAGGAAGAUUAUGAAAGAAGACGAAAAUUAAGACUGCUGCAGGUUCGAGAACAAGAAAGGGAUAUUGCUUCGCAAAUAAGAGAAGACAUCAAACAGAGGCGAAAUCAGCACUUUGCUCGUCUGGCAGAGGAGCUGAAGACAGAAUGGGAAGAAUCACAAACUCAGAAAAUAAAGAACUUAGAAAAGCUCUACUUGGCAAGUUUAAGAAACAUGGGAGAGGGCCAUCAACAAGCCAAGGAAAAUGAACCUGAUUUGAAUGUUCUGGAACAGCGGGCCGCAGAAAGAAAAAGAAAAGCAGAAGUGAGGCAUAAAGAGGCCCUGAAAGUGCAGAAAAAUCACAAAGAAAUGUUAAUGAAAGAAAAAACCUGGCAUCUAAAAGCUCGAAAGGAAGCGCUGCUGGUGGAGAAGGGGAGAUCUGCUAGAAUUGCAAGUCUGCCCCCGCCGCCUCCUGCUCUUUUUGAGAACAUUGACGUAAACCGAAUUCCUUCAGUGAAAACUAGUAGCACCACUUACCAUCACCUUCACACUUUCGUGAACAGAGAAAUGGACACAAAGCAGCCAGAUCCCCAUUUGGCUGCUGAGGAAGAAUCUAGAAGACUGGACGACCUACAAAAGCAAGCCGUGCAGGAGCGGGCGGAGCGCUGUGAAAAGGCGCAAGCACGAGGCUCCCGAGCACUGCAGAGGAUCCACCUGGCCCAGAAUCAGGAGAAACUGAUGAAAGAACUCGAGCAGCUCCAGCAAGAGGACCUGGCCCGGCGGAGGCGCACGGUGGCCCGGAUGCCCCCGCAGCUGGCGGAGCUCCCCUACAAGCGCGGGGAGACACGGGAGGACUGGCAGCGAGAGCUGGAGUUCGCCUUCGAGGACAUGUACAGCGCGGACCGGAAGGUGGAAGGAAACCUGAUCUUGCACCUGGAGCCGGAGCCUCUGCCCACACUGGCCAGCCAGGUCCAGGAUGAGGAGCUGGACCUGUCCGUGGAGCAGGAGCACGGGGCGGAGACGGAAACCCUCCCGGCAGUGCACACAGAGUCGACGAGCUCCCAGGAGACAGACGUUCCCUUGACAGUGAAGAACCACCAAGUCUGCUCAAAAAUUCUUUUUAAAAAAUUAUUAAAUAAGAUUCGAAGCCAAAAGUCCCUCUGGACGCUCCCCUCUGCGCCGGAGGAGGAGAGCGACACGGUCACGGCCGCCGGGGAGCCCGAGCGCGACGCACCCAUGGCGGAGUCGGGACGCACCGCCAGCCGAGGGGAACCGUCGUCCUCCGAGCCAGCCACAGAGAGCGACGCGCUGACGGUCGACUCGGGGCCGCUCACCAGUGACGCCGGCAGGCAGCCUCCGUGCCACACAGACGCUGGAAGGGACCCAGCGAGCGCGACGCAGCCUGUCUCCGCUGGCGCCCAGAGUUCAGUCCUGCUGCACCCGCAAGAAGCAGCGGCCAGGAUCAGAUUGGCAGCGAGACAGAAACAGAUUGCAGAGAUUGAAGAACAGAAGCGGCGGCAGCUGGAACUGCUUGAGCAAAUCGAACACCAGAAGCUGAGACUAGAAAGCGAGUGUCUCCGGGCGCAGCUGCCGGGGGCCGGCUCUGCUGCAGCACCACAGGCCGCGAGCCCCGACGAGGAGGCCCACAGGAGGCUGAUUCGUGACUACCAGCAGCAGCUCCUGCAGCAGACCAGGCUUCACCGACAGUGUGUGGAGACUGCCCGGAAGCAGCUACUGGAUUACCAGACUAUGCUGAGGGGGAAGCGUCUGUCCCUCUCGGCCACGUCACUGGCCCCUGGGGCUGUGGCAUCAGUUCUGUGGCCACACGGAAGUCCCGCUGUUGCCCGGGAGCUUCAGAGUCAGGGUCAGAGACCCAGGCUGAGUCCUGACAGGUGUCAGCUCGCGCAGCCCACACAGACCCCCAUGCUGAAACCGGGUCUCCACCAGGCGCCGAGACAAAGUCAUCUCCCACAAAGAUGGGCCAAAGCAUUGGUCACUUCUGGGGUCUUACCACAGCCAUCUUUGGAAUCAGAGGGACAGCCUGAGCAGCACCCACAGACGGAAGCCCGGCAAACGGGUGGUCACGGACUGUCGCCUGAUGCAGGGGGCGGCGUGGGGCCGUUCUGCACAACAGCUGCUCCAGCUGGGGGCUCCCUGCCACCCCCAGAGCACAGCGUAGGUGUCUUUCCUCGGCAAGCGGAGCACGCCCUGUCCCUGCCGCUGGUUGCCGAGCAUCCUCUUGGCACUCUGCCUGCUGAGGACGGCCCUGGAAAAGCCCUCGAACCCCUGUCAGCCGUGAGCGAAAGCGCAGGUUCUGCACGCUGUCCUGUGGGCGGCCCAGUGCCGGGUGCAUCUCUGCCGUCCUCGGGGAUGACCGCGGCCCAGCAGGGGCAUCUGCAGGUGCUCCGGCAGCACUUGCAGCUGCACACGGAAGUCCUGCGGCUGAGACAGCGGGCCCGGGAACAGCUGCUGUUGCACAGACAGAAGGAACUAGAAGGACAAACUGGCCGCUCCUUGGUCUUCCCAUUGGCACCUCUGGACUCAGGUGCUUUGCUGCCUCUCGCCAGGGCCGGACCAGGGAGGGCCCAGGAACCUGCUCCAGCCGAGAGUGGUGCUGACCUCCCCUUGGGCCGCCCAGAGGCCCCGCAAGUGCAGGAGACGUGUCCUCACGCUUCACAGCCCGCCCCGUCACGGCAGGGUCACGCCACCCCUAUCCCGGCGCACGGGGCUCCCCGGAGCAGCGACCUGCGGGCUGGACGGGAAGUCCAGGAGGAGGCAGGGCAUGGGGUGUGGUAUGGCCAGGCCCGGGUCUGGUCGUUCCCCUCUCCGCCUCCCGCCGGAAUGCCCUCUGGGAGGGAGACCGGGCUCCCACAAGGCGGGCCCUCAGGCGGUGCUCUGUGGCUCCCACGGCAGCUCCUACCCGAGCGCGACGGGCUGGAGUUGCUCCAGGAACCGCUGGCUGUGCGGAGCCGGGCUCCAGGGGCUCCAUGUGACCCCCAGGCAGGAGCACUUCCGUGCGGACAGGGGCGCUCAGCGGGAAGUGAGUCUGGGCCUGCGCGGUCUUCACAUUUGGGGGUUUCACAGGCUUCUGCUAAAACUGAGCCCAGGCAACUUCAGAACCGCCCCUUGGAGGAGGAGGAGCGUGUCGGCCCCUCGGGGGACACGCUGACGCUGCAGGACGAGUUUCUUAGUCUUCCGCAGCAAGGAAACUUGAGAACACCCCGAGAACGGGCACACAUGCAGAGGGAGGUGCUCGGUGCUAACCAGGAGCCUGGAGAAUUUGCACACACGCAAAGGGACUGGGAGAGGCUGGCUCCCCGCAAGCAGACAGGCCCCGCUGCCGUGCCGUCCUGGGGAGCUGCCUCCGAAGGGCUGCCUGUGUCCGCCGAGAGCCGCAGCGCCGCCCCCCCCAGCCGUGCCGAGACCACGAGGCUUCAGGAAGGACUCGUGACUCUCUCACCCCACAUGCCACCCCUGUGGGGUGAUUGGCAGGAACCCCGGGAGUGGCCAGACGCAGAGGGGACAGCGGUACUUCAUCUCACUGAGGACACCCAGCGAAGUGUAGCCUGUGAACCUGCUGGACAGCCUCCGGGCGCCCCUCAGGCACCACCAUGGGCAGGGGGCAGCGGUGGGGCACCUGGGAGCCGAGUCCAGAUCCCGCAGCUGCAGGACAGCCUGUGGCGGAUAGCCCAGCUGGUGCGGCCCCGGCAGGGCAGCCUGCGGGCCCUGCAGGAGCAGCUGGCUGCCCAGCGGGAGGCCAUUGUGCAGGCCAGACUCGAGGCACAGGAGGGACUGCGGUCCCGCGAAGGACUGCUGCUGGACAGAGCCACGCCCGAGGCGGGUGCAGAGCCCUUCCAGCCGCUGCGCGCGCAGUGCUCGUCCACCUCGCUGCCUCUCCCUGACCCCGCAGGCCUCCAGGGGCCGUGCUCGGCUCAGAGCGGCAGCCCAGCCUCCUCCAGUCCUCCCGGGCCACUGGGACUGCCUGACAGGCUUGUGGAUUUGUCAUGGUCUGUUUUUCCUCCACGGGACCAUCUGGAUGCGCUGCAAGGGCCCUGGGGCGCCCCAACACCCUCCCGCCCGUGCAGCCAGGGGUCCCAGAGUGAGCGGCCUUUGUCCCCACAGCAUCCGUCUGAGGCACAGCUGGUCCCGCUAGACUGCGGCGAUUUCAGGGCGCCUCAGCAGCAUCUGGAUGCACAGAAGAGCGCCCUCCGGUCCCUGCAGGAGGCCCAGGAAGAUUUCCUCUUGCGAAGGCUGAGUGAGCUUGGGAAGAGGGUGCUGGCUGAGCCAGUGGGCCGCCCCCUAUCCUGGAGCCUCCCCGGACCCGACUCUGAGAGCCGCCAGAAGCCCUGUCCAGCAGGCGUGGCGGGCCUUCCUGAGGCCCCCAGGGCACAGGGAGGGCUGGUGAGCCGAGCAGCGCCGGCUCUGCCUGGGCAGGCUCCCUGGACGCCACAGCCGGACUUGGAGAGGGCAGUGGAGGGUGCUGGUGGGGACGUCUGGGGAGACGCACUGGGGAGCAGGCAGAGCAGCGCUGGGGGCGGCGUGUCCCCGGAGCACCUGGCUGCCUCACUGCCCCCCACCGUGGGGAACGAGCCUGUGUUCAUCCCGCUCCCCUUUGCCGAAGUGAAGUCUGGAAACACGGGCGAGUUGUCUCCGUCCAGGACUGAACGCGUAGCUCCCCGCGGCGAGCCUGUGGCCCCGGGGUUUCAAGGUGGGCUUCGGCGGUGUUCACAGGCCAGCCUCGCUCCGCGAGAAGCCUCAGGGCUGCGGCAGCAGCGGGAGCUGCAGGAGGAAGCUGUACGUCCUGGCCAGAACGCGCAGCAAGAGUCGCUGGUGCGGAGGCAGACGGCGCUGCGGCGGCUGGAGUGGCGCCAGGAGGCCCCAGGCGGCGGCUCUGCGGACAGCCAGGCAGGGCCGCCGGCCAUGCAAGACGACCCGGAAACCCCGACGCUCAGACAGUGGCUGCCGCAGCUCUGCGACCAAGCAAGAGCCGACGGGGAGGAUGCCGGUCUGGCAGCGGGGCGCGGUGCCGAGGGUGAGCGCCUGCGCAGGACAGCCCCCAAGCCGCCCGUCACCAGGGCCAGGCGCGGCGUGGACUGGGUCCAGCACGAGCUCAGCGCGAUCCAGGAGGGCGCGUCGCCGGCGAGCAGCAGGACUCCCGAGCCCGCCGGAGCCCACUCUCUCCAGGACAGAGACCCGCUGCGGGCCUCCGUCAGCCGGGAGCAGGCCUUCCUCGGGAGCCCCGGGGCGCUCGGGCCGCUGGGCCCUCUUGAGCCCCCUGCCCAGGCACUCCCCCGCAGCGCUGGCCCUGACGGCGCAGUCAAGGUCGCAGAGCCCGUUGAGAGCCACGCGGUGUUGAGUUACGCCGUGGACAGAGAAGAACAGGCCUCCCUGGGCCCAGCUCUGAAGCCAGAUGACGAGGCUGAAACACAAGAGACUGGUUAUGAGCCCUUCUCUUCAAUAACUGUUUCUACUGGGAGUUUUUUAAGUUACGAAAAUGCAGAUGUGAGCCUCAUAGACCCAGCCGACCUUGGCUUCCCAGAACUGGAACACACUUUCCCAGCUCUGCAUCAGCUGUUCAGGCCCUUAGAACCGCACCCAGAUUUUGAUUUCUUGUCAUUUUCUGGGAUUUCUCAAGACAGCAGAGACUCUCACCAGAGAUCAGAUUCCUCGUGGGGGAGCUGCUCGGCAGCGCUGUCACCCGUGCCCACGGAUCCGGACAGCCCGCGGUUCCGUCUCCACCCUGCAGCGCAGGCCUCUGCGACGGAGAGCCCCCUUCAGGAACCUGAACAGUCAUUUCACCAGCUUCCGCCAGAGGCCUCUCCCCGGGAGGGAAGCCAGUGUGCUGAUCUGCCAAGUGUUGUCAGCAUUGAACCAGGAGAUUCCUCCCGAGGCCUGGAAAACCAGGACUGCGCCUUCGAACAAGCUGACAUUCUACGAGACAAAGAAGGAAGUGUUCAUUUCCAGCUCCCUGUAGGAAGCUGGCUAAGCUCGGCCUUCGGCUCCUUGGAGGCGGCGGGUGUGUGUCAGCUGUACCUGCAGCCCAGCGCCCCACGGGGCUCUUCCUCCAGCCAGUGCUCAGCGAGUGGCCCAGGAGGCAGCCAGCAGGGACGGAGGUCUCAGGAACUGUCAGAAAGCGGCGCUGAGGCAAUGCCGGGAAGCCAGGAGCUCCCUGGAGGCCGUCAGAGUGACAGUGGCGGGGGAUUAGACAUACAAGCACAGGAAGAGGAGACCGACCUGGGGUUAUGUGUAAGGACCGUGGGGUUGGGGGGUUUGGCUCAGACCCCAAAUUCACUGAUGACUCAGAAUGAAAAAUACUCCAAGUUUUCAGCUGAAACAGAAACCUCCCAAACUCUGAGAAACCCAACUCAGCUAACGCGGUCAGAAUUCGCUGCAAGUUCUGGAUCGUUCCCGUCACAGAACUGUAGCGCAGUCUGGGACGCGGAGCCCAGCCGCGGUAUAAUGGAGGAGCCCGAGCUCACGUUAGUGAGCACCAGUGACAUCAGUAUUACGGAAAUGGAUUUUUCAAACUUAACCCUAGAAGAGAGAGGAAAUGAGGCAAGAUGCUCUCAGGUGAGUGAAUUUCUGCCUCUCGUAUCAGAAACGGAAGCCUCACACCACCCCCCUGUGUCGGAGCCUCCUUUGGGGAAGCCAGCGGCGUUGGCAGAGACCCCGCCAGCCUUCAUGGCUGCGCCAGGGAGCUUACAAGAGGCAUUUGUGAAGAGGAAGAAAAAAUUUAUAGAGCGGUCCUUGCAGAGGCAAGAAGAAAUAAGAAAGAAAGUUCGGGUCUCAGGAAAUUCUCAGAGCAGCACCACUGCAGGCCCUCUGCGCGCAAGCAAAGGCAGAGCUGCACUCGGCGAGGAGUGGAGGAGCGCAGCAUCCGCCGAGCCCCGGACGGCGCUCCGAUACAGCCAGUUAGCCGAGGUCAAACAGCAGAGGGAAGAAAAAGCAAAGCAGGAAGCUCAUGCCCAUAACAGAGCAAGGGCAAGAGAGUUUCACAAGAAAACACUAGAGAGACUGCGAGCCAAAAAUGCACACCGACUUCCCUGCAAAGUCUAGCGGCUUCUUUAUUAUGUGUAACAGGCAAAACCAAUCAAUAAAUUUGUGCAGAAUUUCACUUUGGUUACUCCCAUCAUUUAGUUCCUCCAGUUCCGAUCAUCCUCUUCAAAGUAUCUCUGAAGGACAGAGGCGCUGGUUACGCGUGGGAGACAGCCCCGCGGCCCCAAGACCAUGUCUCUCCUCGGGGAGGCACGGCACUAGUGAGUGCGCGCUGCAUCCCGUGGAGAGGGUCAAUUUUCGGUCACAGCGUCAAGAGCUCCUGGUUUGAGUCCCAAAAGCCCUCUUUGAAAUGACCCGCAUGAAGUCACCUUUUCCACACUCUUACGUACCUCUCACGAGAGCACACCUGCACGCGUCAGCCCUGCAACAGGAAUAUCAGAGGUCACGAGCUGUUGCGAUGGCGCCGCGGUAACCUGGAACCGCAUCCGCCAGGGCUUACCCCACGGUGAAAAUCGGCCUGGUCUUAACAGAAUGUCCCCUGUAGGCGGAAUGCUAACCGAAUAGCAAGAACCAAACCUACUGGGAUUUUUUUUUAAGGUCAUGUCCACAGCAAAUAAGAAACUGCAUUCUAAAAGCCUUGGUAAUGACCCUCACGUCCCCUGGCGCUAGAAGGAAAGUGACUUUACUUGCCUUGACAGUUGCUUUUGUUGGGCUCCCGCUGUCCUGCUGAAGAGACCAGGCCCCUGAGGGCCCUCCAGAUAGCCACCGCGCAGAAGACAGCCCGGUUCAGACGCAGCGCGAGACCCAGGCAGUUCGCUGCAAUAAGCAUUGCUCAAUCUAGGUCAACAAAACAUCCUAAAAUUAAGGCUAAGGGAAACAUUUCCGUUUACAUGCGACUUCACGGGCUAUGCGAAUGCAGAAGCAGCUGCUGCUAUCGGGAACCAGCGCGUCUCGGUGACAGUGCCCCGAGCGACUGUGAAAUACCGCCAGCCCGCAAGGCAGACGUUCAGAAAGGCCGUUUCACUCAGCCUGCUCGGAGCAGUUGAACACAUGCCCAUCAUCAUCACAUCGCGCAUGGCUGCUGGCAGCCCCCGGGGCCGCGAGGACGGGGCUUUCCCAGGGGUUGUUUGGGAUGUAUGGUGGUAACAUCUUACCUCCAGUCCCUGGGAUCCAAUCCCCUCAAGCAGUGGGAGUUACGGUCCUAGGAAUUGCAGGAAAGUCAGUCAGCGCCUCUUCUCUACACUCAACACUGACCCCCCCCCCCCCGUUUGCAGACGAUAGCAAAAAUGUCACAGGUCUCAUUGUCACCACUGCAAUCAGCUUACUGUGAUGGAAGCAUAACCUGAUCUCCAUGUGGCCACAUCAACGACUCCUGGACACCAUGAGCAAGGGUGCCCCUUCUCAUCUCGAAUGGGGCCUGCAGACAUGCCAUGCCCCGCCCUGCCCCGCCCCACCGCUGGCUGACCAUGACAAUGAAGGAAAGCAGCUAGGAGGGAAAUGAAGAGCCUUACUCUUUCAGGUCAGCAGAGGCAUCUGCCUGCCUCUCAGCUUCAGAAGUCCUAGAAAAUAGGCAGCAUUAGUUCCUAUUGCAUCUUCUACCCAACUUGUCAGUAUGAGCAACUAUCAGAAAUGAUGUAUCAAUAGAAAUACCAGGUUUUACAUGCACAAAGCCAAGAAAACCAACGAUGCCAGAUACUGACUUGCUAUUGCACUGGCCUUUGAACCCCCAGCAGGAAGGCGCUGCUGAGUGCAGAUACCAAGCAGUGCAGCUGUGAUCCUGGGGGCGUGUGACCUUGACUCCUGCCCAGGGAGGCAACCACAUUAACUACAUCUUAAACAGCAAGCGGCCUCCUCUUCAUCUCAACGCUGUCUUCAUCUAACCAAGGCAGAUUACUGAAACAUGCACCACAACCACCAUGAUCAUGGCUGGUCAAACUGCUCUUAGGGACGGUUCUUUUAAAAACACAACAUCCCUUUGCAGUCAACACACUUGAGUAUGUUACUAGGAACAAGCCAUACAGAAGAAUAAGGACACAAAAAGGGGGACUUUCCCUGAGUAAGCCCGAGCAGCCACUGCAUUUCUUCCAGUUCUGCAUUAAUGUAACUGCUCACAAUUUCAUUUUUCAUAACCUUUGAAUGUAAUACAUCGCAUCAAUUAAAUAUUCCACUUACCUCAAAGCACUCAUGAGGAACCCAAGUCACUCCUAUGGAUAAAAUACCAAAUAAAGGAUUAAGGAUGGUAACAGUAACUAGUAACUAAAAGAUGCUUUUAGCUCUAUCAGAAUGACGCUUUAGUUCAUGUCUGUGUCACCCAGCAGUUGAACAGGUACAUUCAUCAUCUGGUUCGUCACACAGCCCAGCAAUGCCCCCAGGCAGCUCAACAUACCCGACUGGCACAGCCUGCGGCAGCAGCGCUCCCCAGGAUGGCUAAUACCUAAGGGAGAAAAAGCCAACUGUUAGAUCUUACAGGUUUUUAAAAAUCAACUGUCUUGUAGUUCUUCCCCACAGAUCUGACAAAUAGCCCUGUGAGCAAAGCAACCACAUGUUACUCUAUGAGGCGUUUCCAACGAUACAGGCCUACAGCAAAGCCCCAUCGGGAUAGACCUCAACCAAGGCCACGGC